AUGGACUGCUAUUCGAGAUUUGUAACCUUAUUGUUAUAUUUCGUGCACUUGAACUGUGCGAAUGUUGUCAACCUUCGUCCAAAACAGAUCGUGAACUCAGUGGGACUUGGAGAUAGAUUUGGCGGAACCGGAACAAAUUUGGACGAGUCAGACCAUUUUAAACUGCUAGCCGCAGAUGGAGAAUCAUUGCUAGUCGGAGCACGAAAUGCUGUCUACAACCUGUCUCUCACUUCACUGACGGUUAAUCAUAAAAUUGAUUGGAAACCGCCGGCCGAACAUAUUGAAGAGUGUAUGAUGAAAGGAAAAACCAAGAUGGACUGUCAAAAUUAUAUCCGAGUUUUAGUCCGAAAGUCUUCCGGUGUUUCGCUUGUUUGUGGAACACAUGCAUUUGCGCCAAAAUGUCGAGAAUACUCAACCACCGAUACCGGAGUGCAGAACACGCGACAGUUUGAUGGUCAAGGAAUUUCCCCAUACGAUCCACGGCACAAUUCUAGUGCUUUGUACAUCGCCGAAACAAAUCAAUUGUAUACAGCAACCGUAACAGAUUUCGCGGGAAAUGAUGCGUUGAUUUAUCGAAAAUCUAUAAGCUCGGAAGUUCGAAGUGGAAAUGUUCGCACACAAAAAGACGACACUACAGUUUUGGAUUCCCCAAAUUUCGUUUCUUCCUUUGCCUACAAAGAGCAUGUUUAUUUUUGGUUCCGCGAGAUUGCCACAGAAGCAAUAGAUAAUAAUGAAGAAGAACAGAUUUAUGCUCGCGUGGCACGUGUUUGCAAAAGAGACAAAGGCGGGGCAAGACCAGCCAACGAAAGAUGGACUUCAUUUCUCAAGGCUCGCCUAAACUGUUCACUUCCAUCCUCAUCAUCUCCAUUCUACUUCAAUGAACUUAAAGCCGUAUCAGAACCGAUCGCCUCAGGGCCGAAUGAUCACACUGUAUACGCAGUUUUCACUACACCUGAUUCUCCUGUUCGAAUGAGCGCUGUCUGUGCAUUUUCUAUGAAAAAAAUUCGAGAUGAAUUUGAAUACGGUUCAUUUAAACACCAAAAAUCUGCGCAAGCUAUGUGGGUUCCAUACGGAGGUCAUGAAAUACCGAAGCCACGACCUGGAUCAUGCGUCACUGAUUCGACUAAACUACCCGAAGCAACCGUCACGUUUGCACUUCGAAAUCCGUUAAUGCACAAAGCUAUUGAUUCAAUCAGCCCACCACUUAUUGUGGAAGGAUCGGAUCGUGCCGAACUCACUCAAAUAGCUGUCCUCUCUCAUGUUCAAGCUGUGAAUAAUAAUCUAUAUGAUAUCAUCUAUAUUGGAACUUCGGACGGCCGAGUGCUGAAGAUUGUUGAAAACGCGGGAAACGCUACUAUUAUUCAAUCUACUUCCGUAUUCAGCCGAGGAGUUCCAGUAGUUAACUUGCUCACCAGCCGGACAAAUAUCGUUGUGGUAUCAUCUGACGAAAUUGCUUCAAUUCCCGUGGCAAAUUGUGGACAACAGUCUUCAUGCUCUAGAUGUGUUCAACUACAGGAUCCCCAUUGCGCUUGGGAUCAAAACACGGCUAGAUGUGUUGAUCGAAAUUCCUGGAGUGGAGGUCAUUAUAUACAAAAUCUAGUAUUUGGCCAAUCCGAGCAAUGUCCAGAGGGAAUUAUUGUCAGUGAAGCGUUCGAGGACAUUGAAAACGGUAACAACGUGUCACCAGCAGCAAUUGCGGUGUAUCCCGACGGAAGUCCUUCAUCUAAACAACAUACGACACUCACACUAAUUUUCGCAGUGAUUAUAGCCUCUUUGAUCUCAUUGAUAGUUGGCGUCUUGAUUGGCGUAAGAGCUACACGUUGGGCAACUUCUUCUGAUGCCCACAGAUCAGCAAGUUCGACUAGUGGAUCGGAUUAUGACAGUUUUGGCCGUGCAAGGCUAACACGUCACGAUUCAUUAACAACAGCGACAAAAAUUGAGCAUGCAUAUGGUCCACCUUCAAAAACGAGCAUCGACGCUACUUCGCUAGUAAUGCCAAUGAAUGCAGCACAUCCGAUGUCAAUCAGCCAGCAUGGUUCUGGAAUUAAUACUCCAUCAAGAGACAAAAAUGCCAUAGUGACGUCGAUUAAUCAAAACACGCUACCACGCGACUACAAAGUGAAAAAAGUGUAUUUGUAG